AGGAGGAGGAGGAGGAGGAGGAGAAGAAGAAAGCUACAAUAUGGCGGUUGCAUCCAUUCCUCAGAUCUGGGAACUGUAAGAAGCGAAGCCCCAGGAGCUGGAACAGCUUGGACUGUGCCAGGUCCUGGUUUCGGGGUGCCAGCCCCUCCUCAGCCUUCCCUGUUUGCCCCAGUGGACGUGGGCCGGAUCCCCACAGUUGUGCACAGCCAUGGGAGUGCAAGGCUUCCAAGAGUUCGUGGAAAAGCGUUGCCCAGGGGCAGUGGUGCCCGUGGACCUACUGAAACUGGCACGGGCUGUAGGGGGCCGGGGAGGCGGGGGCCCUGCCUACUGUACCACCUUCCACCCACCAGCUGGCUACCCCUAUCCUGCCGGGGCUGCACCGGGACUGGCACCCAUGGUUGGUGCUAGCCCUUACCCACACUCCCAGCAUGCAGGGGGGUUGGCACCCCCAGCGCCAUGCCCAGCUCGGCUUCUGGUGGAUGCUGAUUCUGCUUUGCAGCGUCUGUACGGUGGCUACCAGACAGACUGGGUGUGCGGAGGCCAGUGGAAUGCAAUGGUGGGUUACUUGGCUGCCCUUUCACAGGCUUGCCUGUACCAAGGUGGGCUGGAGUUAGCUGUCAUCUUCAAUGGAGGGCUUGGCAAGGAGAGGCUGCCUGAGUGGGCCAGGAAGACCCAGGCUGAGAGACAGACAGCUCAGCUAAUUGCAGGGCAUGUGGGCAACAAAGGUACCCCUCCACCGAGAGCCUGGUUUCUUCCUCCUGCCUGCUUGGGGCAUUGUGUACGUCUGGCCAUGAUUCGAUUCCGGGUUAAGGUGUUCCAGAGCCUGGAGGAUCAUCAUCAGGAAGUGGUGUCUUUCUUUCGGGAGAAUGGCUUUCAUGGGCUAAUUGCCCAUGACUCGGAAUAUGCUCUCUGCAACAUACCUUCCUACUAUAGUUCCCAUGCCCUGAAGCUGAGCUGGAAUGGCAAAAACCUCACCACUAACCAGUUCCUUAUGCAAGAGGUGGCCAAGCAGCUGGGACUCAAGCUGAACAGUUUUCCUAUAUUUGCUGCCUUGUUGGGGAACCACAUUCUUCCCGAUGAGGACCUGGCUGCUUUCCAUUGGAGUCUUCUUGGACCGGACCACCCGCUCGCUUCACUUAAGGUGCGUGCCCAUCAGUUGGUCCUCCCACCCUGUGAUGUGGUCAUCAAGGCUGUAUCUGAAUACGUCGGUGCCAUCAAAAAUCCCACUGGCCUGGAUGUAAUAGGGAGAGAUGUCUUCAAACAUUCCCAGUCCAGGACUGAAGAUAAAAUAGAACGCUUCAAGAAAGCAGUAGACUAUUAUUCAGUGGCCAUGAAAGCACCUACACCAGCCGGCCAAUCCCCGUAUGUUCUCCCAGCCUUCGGGCCUAACCACUUUGGAGGGCCAGCACCUCUGAACCGCAAUCCAAUGGUAUCACUUCCUUCUGGGAAGGCUAUGUUUGCACCCCAAAUGGGGCCAAAGAUGCAGUACCAGCCCCCUGUUCCACAUGGUGGCAUUGCUGCCUCCUCAUCUUUCCUUCCGGGUCCUGGUUCCAGUUUUCUCUUCUCACCUCAUGGCUUGGCGGACGCAAUGCCCUUCCAUGAAGAUCCUGCCUUGAAGGGUGGUCACUUCAACAACUGGCCUGUAUCCUAUGAUAACUGUCCCACCAAGUUUCCUAACCAUCACCUGGGUUCCAAACCUUCCCCAUCAUCCGGGCCUGGAUCUUCACCCUCUUCUUCUUCUGAUGGAGAAGAGCACAAUGGAGCCAAUUCCAACCACGUUUCUGAAACUGUAUCUCGCAAGUCUGGCUGGGAGGAUCCUACGGGUGAAAAGAUAAUGAAUCAAGGCUGGGGACAAUCACCUGGGAACACUGGCAACUCAGAAAGGACCUUGAGUGGACCUGAAGCCCACAUCCCUUCAUUGCUCUCUAUGGCAACCCGCAACCACAUGGACAUAACCACCCCACCUUUGCCUCCUGUUGCUCCAGAAGUACUUCGAGUGGCUGAACAUAGGCAUCGACGGGGGCUUAUGUACCCUUUCAUCUACCAUGUCCUUACCAAGGGGGAGAUCAAAAUCCCUGUGUGCAUUGAAGACGAAUGUAACACUGAACUGCCACCAGCAGUUGUUCUUUUUCGGGCCUCACGGCAGUAUGUAUACGGUGUCCUCUUCAGUGUGGCUGAGACACAACGGCGAAUGGAACGCCUGGCUGUGCGCAAGCGCAUUCCCGUGGAAACUCAUCCCGUUAUUGUCAAGGAAUGGUCGGCGUACAAAGGGAAAUCACCCCAGACUCCAGAGUUAGUCUCAGCUCUUGCUUUUCGGGAGUGGACCUGUCCCAACCUCAAGAAGCUCUGGUUGGGCAAAGCAGUGGAAGACAAGAAUCGGCGUAUGAGAGCAUUUCUGGCUUGUAUGAAAUCAGACACCCCCGGUAUGCUCAACCCUGCCAAUGUACCGACACAUCUACUGCUCAUGUGUUGUGUAUUACGAUACAUGAUACAGUGGCCUGGAGGCCGGAUCCUCCACAGACAUGAAUUGGAUGCUUUCUUGGCCCAGGCUGUGUCUGCUCAGCUAUAUGAACCAGAUCAACUUCAAGAAUUGAAGAUUGAGAAACUGGAUCCCCGAGGAGUUCAGUUGGCUGCUCUGUUUAUGAGUGGAGUGGACACAGCCCUCUUUGCCAAUGAUGCUUGUGGGCAGCCUGUGCCCUGGGAGCAUUGCUGCCCGUGGAUCUACUUUGAUGGGAAACUCUUUCAAAGCAAACUGAUUAAAGCUGUCCGAGAAAAGGCGCCUCUGAUAGAUCUCUGCGAUGGCCAGACCGAGCAGGUAUCUAAAGUAGAGAAGAUGAGGCAGAGUAUUCUGGAAGGCAUCAACUUCAAUCGCCAGGCUCCUCCACCUCUUCUUCCACCUCCACCCUUUGUGCCCUCUAUGGCAGCACCUUUUUAUCCAGUGCCUCUUUACCCUCGCACGAUUGGAUCAAUGCAGCCUUCAGCCCCUGGGAGGACUAGAGGCUUCACAGGACUCCAUUCAAUCCCACCACAAGGAGGCAAAUUGGAAAUUGCUGGGAUGGUGGUGGGGCAGUGGGCUGGGAGCAAACCUUCUCGGGGACAGGGCUCCUUUGGCAUGCAGGUGGUGUCAGUUGGAGGCCCAGGGAAAGGUCGUGGCCGUGAUGGCCCUGGAAAAAUCUCCAAAGGAAACAAGAAAGUAAAUAAGCAAAGCUUGACCGAUGGAACUGCAAAAACGUCCGAAUUUGGCAGCAAUGGCAGUAGUAGCUGCACCCGACCCCAGUCCCAGUUGAAUGGGGAUGGAGGCCCCCCCUCCAGAGCCAACGAAGAUCCCACUGUUGGAGCAUGCCCUUCAGCCACAUCACCUUGUGCCUUAGCAAGAGACACUGACUCAUGCAAUAACAAAAGCCCCUUUUUCGGGACGCUGGGUGGGGACUCUGAACGGUGUCCGGAGAACAAGCUUCCCUUCCCAGUUCUGCAGAAAGAGGAGUGA